GUGGGAAUGGUAGCAUGAAAAGUUGAUGUUUCUGCGAUAAAAGCCGUGUAGGUGCAGAGUGGUGCAAAGGUGCGAAAGAGUGUGAAGGUUUUACAGUGGUGCUAACAGAGGUCGUCGGUGCUGUAGACGACGAGGAGACCGCGGACCUGCAGAUAUCCUGGUGUUACUGUACCUUGUCCCCUUGUCCUAUGUCACGGCCCGUCCGGCAGUCCCAAUAUACCGUUGUUCACCUCAUCAACCAAACGGGAAACUAGAGCACACGCGACUGUUGAUCGAUCGAAGAGACGGUCAGGAAAACGGGUGGUGGUUCUCCGGUUUGUCUGGUGCAGAAGGUGAACAAAGGAGUCGGUGGAUUCAGGCACGAGGGGGUGAUUCUUCUUGCCGAAAUAAGUAGAAGUUUAUUGGUUUCUACGGAAAACAACGCAGACAACCAAGGAAAUCUCCGAUAGAGUAUAUUAGAGGACACACAGACGGACAUUCCGACGCACGCACACAGCGACACAACAUAUUUACGCCCGUACAUACGGUGUACACACAUAUUCCCCCCAGCAGGAAGUGCGUAGAGGGAGCCACCGGCGAUAAGAAGCGGUCAAAAUGACGAAGGACAGAUUAGCAGCUCUGCAAGCGGCACAGAGCGAUGAUGAGGAUAUGCCCGAGGAUGUGGCUGUGCCGGUGGAGGGCAGCUUCAUGGAAGACUUCUUUAAAGAGGUGGAAGAGAUACGGAUGAUGAUCGACAAAAUUCAGGCAAAUGUCGAAGAAGUGAAGAAGAAACACAGUGCCAUCCUGUCGGCUCCACAGUCAGAUGAGAAAACCAAACAAGAACUUGAAGACCUCAUGGCCGACAUUAAAAAAACUGCCAACAGAGUAAGAGGGAAACUUAAGGGAAUCGAGCAAAAUAUUGAGCAGGAAGAGCAGCAGAGCAAGUCGAAUGCUGAUCUAAGGAUACGAAAAACGCAACAUUCGGCGCUGUCGCGCAAGUUCGUCGAGGUCAUGACGGAGUACAACCGGACCCAGACCGACUAUCGAGAGCGUUGCAAAGGAAGAAUACAACGACAACUGGAAAUUACGGGUAGAGCAACAACAAACGAGGAACUCGAGGAAAUGUUGGAGCAGGGAAAUUCGGCCGUCUUCACGCAGGGGAUCAUCAUGGAGACUCAGCAAGCCAAGCAAACACUGGCCGAUAUCGAAGCUCGACAUGCAGAUAUUAUAAAAUUGGAAAAUUCAAUUAGGGAACUGCAUGAUAUGUUCAUGGAUAUGGCUAUGUUGGUUGAAAGUCAGGGCGAAAUGGUGGACCGAAUUGAGUACCAUGUGGAAAACAGUCGGGAUUACGUUACAACGGGGCAACAAGAUUUGGUCCAAGCCGUCAAGUAUAUGGCCAAAGCCAGAAAGAAGAAGAUUAUGAUCCUGAUCUGUUUAACCGUGCUUGGGCUGAUUGUGGCAUCGUACGUUAGUAGCUACUUCAUGUAAAACAAAGACAGAGAUGAGAUUGAAGCGCGGAUUCCACAGGACAGCGCACACAAAACUGGUUCUACGGUUGGAUUCUGAAAAAGACAAAAACAAAGUGAAUGUUGCAACAUGCACACACACACACACGGCGAAAACAACGGAAUGGUUCUGGAGUUGAAUAGUAGACCCGCGUGGUUUCUUCUAAUGCAUUGCGUAUAACAGAAAAUGACCAAAAACGCUUCAUCAAAGAAAAAUAAGGGAGAUUAAGAGCAGAUAAUUUCGUACACAUUGUUUGUUUAUAGAAGUUUAUCGAAACGAUGUGUUUGCCUACAAGAGAGAGAAACUCAACAAGAAAGUUUUGUUCAUUCUGUGCGAAACACAGUGACAAAGGAGAGAACCACUGAAGUAUUCGCCUAUCGGCAAAUCAUCUUACAUCUUAUAAGGCAAUGCUUUUAAGACGAAGUUUGCAGCGAAGAUGGCACUGUGUACCGAAAUCGAGAAAAACGACGCCUAUGAGGCAGCAUAUUACAAGUCUAAUUCUGAAAUCCAUACCACCAAUAUUAAUUUGUCUUUAGUUUGUUAUGCAUUCAACGCAGCAGCUGUCUACCGGUAAUGAUGAAGAGCGGCAAUGAACAUGUUGAAGCAAUGUGUGGCAAACAAUUACAUUGUAGAUUCUCCUGUUAACAAUUAUGGUGUGUGAACAACUUAGAUAACAGAUCGCAGGAUUGAUUGUGCCAGGAGCAAAAGAAAUGGAGUGAGGAGGAAGCAAUGUUUUGGGCAGCAAAUUAUGUGCGACUAUUGUCAAACAAAUAACAGCUAAGCCAUUCAUCGGUUUAAAAACGAGCCACCACAAUUCAUUUCAAACGUCGCCUAUUCUUCAUUCGUCAAUCUGCUUAUUUCUACAUCGCGUGACGAACCAGGGCUUUAGAUGCAAGAUACAAUGAUCAAUUUACAACCAUCACCAUUUUGCGUAAUCGAAAGUAUUCGUUGCUAAUACGACGAGAUUCCCCGACCGAGUAACUAUUCCCAACGGGGGCAAAAAUUAUUCGACGGCUAAUCUGUCAGCAAAAACGUUAGAACGAAAAGCAAUCAAACAAGCGCUGCAAUCAAAACUAUUAAAAUAGAGGAACACAACAAUUAAAAGCCCAGAGCAGCACAGAGCAGCGGACCUGACAUAGAGAGAUCCCACAAAGAAACCAAAAUCAAGAUAGAAAACAGUAUAACUCCUCUUCAUAUGUGCUCUAAUUUUCUCAUAAUACUCACUUCAGCACAACAGUGUCUCUAUCUCUUUUGAAUAUUGUGUAAAUUGUCACAGGUGUCGCACCGCAAUUGCUGCUCUUGCACCCGGGCAAUUAUUUGUGAAAGAGCACACAACAUUACUAACAUGACACCAGAACCAAAAACAAACAAACUCGGUAACACGUGUUCAACAUGAUAUAAACACCACUACAGAAACACUGACAGGAGAAGAAGCAAUCUGGAUCAGAAAACAAUUAAGUUAAAACUUGCCUGUUCAGCCGUACUCAUCGGACAUGCCUUUGAAAAUGGUAACGUAGAACCCUCCCUCUCUGCUUCCUCGGUAUGGUUGAGCAGGGAGGAUCAUAUUAUAAAUCCGGCCAAAAGGUUCCGCCGUCUGUGUACAUCUGGUGCAGCAAUACGAGAGAGCCCUCUAGCUGCGCUCUACAGCAUCUUUAACCUUACGUUCUGGCAAUUUUCAAACAACGUAUAUUAUUGUUGAACCGAUAAUUCUACAAGGUUGCGAAAGAUGGAGCAAAAUGCUAAAAUUGCUAUAAACACAAACAUCAAGAUCCCUAGUGAAAACGGAUUGAUUCUGUUAAAUUAAUUCUCUUCUAGAAUGGCGAAACAAUAGGUGGGAGUGAUGGAAUACAUUUAAUAUGACAACAAUGGCAAUAAAUGUGAACGUAAAUAAGUGCAUGAGGAAGAAAAGCCCAGCUUACCAACAAAGAGACCAUCCUGUGCGUAUAUCGGUACCAGAAAUGUAUUCAUGCUUUUACAUGAUGAAGGGCGAUAAUCACAUUAUCCAAGAUUGUAUUGUAUUGAUUUUUGUUUCGUGUGCAGUCAAGAGUGGUAAUAUCGCGUGUGUAACGCGAGUGCUGUACUAGUGUGUGAGGCUAGAACGUUGGAUGUAUCUUUGCAUAUCCCGGCUCUGCUUUCUGGUGGUGCAAUGGCACGUUUAUUUUGUUCGAUGUUAGGACACAAAACAACUGUCGGGGAAACAGCAAUUGAACGCCAUUAAACGUAAAUUGUUCAAGAAAAUGUGUGAUAAUAAUUAAUUCGAUAAAGGUCUCUCGACACACAGAAACAAAUACACACGUACACGCAUAAAACACUCACUCACAUAUAUACACUGCUACUUGUCCCUAGAUCGAGUUAAACUGGUUAGGAUUGAGUGAAGCAGAAAUCUAAUAACUAAGAUACAAAUACAAAAAGGACUACCUAAGAGAACAAAUAGUAUAUUUUAGAAUAGGCGAUAAAUCUAUACAGGCACACGAUAUGUACAUGGUAUGGAGUUCAGGUGUAGGAGAGUAAACAACCCCGCACGAUAUCCUGACACAAGAAUCAUGAAACAAGAAUCAGAACACAUGCGCCAACAAUUCAGAGCGCGCUAGGGCCGGCAAACACGGAGUGAUCGCUAAUUGCGGUAAAAUGUUUGACCUUUAGUUGACGAUCCUCCCAACUUUGAAGCUGAGAGAUAGUUAAUUAUUUCCGGAAUAGGCAGGCGGCAAUCGUUUGUAGUUGUCCAUUUGUUUCAUAUUCACAAGAACAAACUGCAUUCUGUGUGCAAUUAUGCGCUUCCAGAUUAUAACAGCACUCUCACUCACUCUCGGUACAUGAGCACAUGAGAAUAGUCAAUUUAUCCUGUACUAUACUGUCCUUAGCACGGCGCGCCUCGGGAAGCGUCCCGAAACAGUCUGAGUUGUAGUUUAACAUUGUUUUGUCUGUUUUGUUUUCCUGUUUGUGUCCGUGUUUUCUUUGUAGUUGCAAGAUAGUUACGAGUGUCCAACGGUACGAACAAUUUUGUUUAUGAGCAGACCAGCCGCGUUGCCGCUCACUAAAUUCGUUUUGCAACAUUACAAUUGCAAAGUGCGGGAGGUCAGCAAAUUUCGUUUUCAAAGGGAAAUGGGAGAUGGAUGGAAAUCAGAAAUCAGAACAGAAUUGAAUACUGCCCAAUAAUGAUGCAAAGUAAAUGUAACUCUAAAGAACAAACUAUUUACAUCUCUUUCAUCAUAUGCAAAUGCAAAUGCGAUAAGGACCCGUGUACACACGCUUACAAACACUGCAUCCAAUACUGGCGCAGUUGGAUCUAGCCGUGUGUGUAAAACAUUUCAAUCCCCUCAAAACUAAUAGGGAUGAUUGUCGGGAAUCGUCGGCUUAGGAAAUGUUUCACAUUGUUUAUAUAGACGAAAGCCCCUCCAUGCUGAUGGUACAUUUGGUCACUUCACGUGUGUUAACGUAUGCGUUUGAUGCGUAAUGUUUUACAAUGUUACAUUUGUUGAUUCCGUUCAUACUUUAUUUAUUAUGUUCCACAAUCUAGAAGAAGAAGCUAGACCUGGUUGAUCAGAUCGAGUGUCUAUCGUUAUGAGGCUUACCUGUGCCACGUAGAGUUGCUGGAUGGCAAAGAAUAGGUGUGGAAAUGAUCGAAAAAAGCGAUAGGAAAACGAUACUGUUACGUCAAUUGUUAUGCAGCAUGCAAGGGGAGCAAAAGCAAAAAACUAUGUUCGUGAUCAUUGGAAGUAUCUGUGUGGAAUUACUCUUUAUGGUGCAUAGAUAGUUGUUUUUUCAACUUUGCUAUUGCUAGUAUGAAAAAAAUGGUAGAAUAAUUUGCGAUAAGUUUGAAACGCUCCGUUUCAGUUAAUUAGAGAUCUUAGUUUUGUGUAUAAUUUGUUAUUCGUAUUACCGAAAGGGCUGAACAAUGUGUGGUAGUUAUAGCAAAGAGAAAACGAUGUGAACAGAAACACACACACACACACACACACACACACACACACACACACACACACACACACACACACACACACACACACACACACACACACACACAGACGCAAAACAGUAAGCAAACAGUUGAAAUCAGAUUUGUGAGUAAAGGACGAAAUGUAAGGCAUUUAUAUUUAAGCAAAUAAUUAGUUAAACAAUAAUGUAUUUGAGGAAAAAAAGAGGGCAAAAACGCGGUAGAAUAGUGGUAAAGAAAGUCCGUUACAAGUCAAUGGUCGCAAAAGUCAGCAACAACAGUAACAAAGUUUACGUGAAAAUCAUUACAUGCAGUGAGAUAACUUAGAUGAGAGGGAGCACUCGACACGAGAAGUGGUGGUGGUGGUCAUAAAAUGUAGAGUAAUCAAAACACAAUUUUACCGGCGACAGCUAGUAUAAUGUUCGCUAGAUUUGGAGUUGCAUCUCUUGAAUUAAUCCGAACCCGAGAUAUUGGCAAUAGUAGCGCAGAAUGUUAGCAGAAAUCAGACCAGCACACGUGUGUGAAUAGUUCUUGCCUGCAAUAAAAGGUUGAGAGGAGAAGAAAAAAGAAGCGGAUGUAUGUCAAAAAACCGGAGUUUGCGCUGGCUGAUAGUUAAUAUCAUAAGGAAAGUACACAUAGCAUCUAAAACGAAAAUGCGAAAAAACACAAAAAAUAUAGCCUAUUCACUUAAAUAGUUAUUUAAUGCAAACUAUAUAUCUACAAGAAGAAGCGUGUCGAUCUCGUUCCGAUGAACCCUUGCGAACGGAGGAACGAGACACGUAGUAACAUUAUGAGGCGAACAUGAAUAACAAUUGUCACAACAACGUAUCAGACGAAAAGAUCGACCACCUGACUCUUUCACACACUGCUCUUACACAACAGCAUAUAACAUAAAGUAAGGUUUAGACACGAAGCCACACACCACGGUUAGAAAUCGGACUCGGAGAUCGAGUUGAUGCAUGAUAAUCGCGAAAAAUAUAUACAGACGCACGUCGCGCGGCAGAUGGCGCGCAUAAAGAAAAGUAAUCUGCAAGGAAAGGAAAGGAAACAGAAGCAAACAAGCAACUAGUCGGGAAUGUCAAUACAGCGCGCAUCAUUUUGCCGGUUUAAGUGGUUUAAUACUAGCAAAUAUCUAACCGAAAAAAUGGAAACCAACUGGCUAGGGGAGGAGAUUCUGCACCCUGUUGUACAGUAUAUAUUUUUCUCUCUAUUUCUCUUGUAUCAAUUAACAAAGAAACAAUUGGGCGACUCAAGAACUGUACGCUGAUGUACAAAAAGGAAGCAACAUGAAAUCGAUAGUAAGCAACCUUAUUUAGACAGAUAAAAAAGAAACAAAAAAUCUAAAAACAAGAACAAGAAAAUAUAAGUAACAAUAAGGCAAAGCAACAACUCAGAACAAAUAAUUGAUUAAUGAGGCUUUCGUGCAGGAUGUUCUACACAGUUAUCGCUCAGAGAGAGAGAGAAGAAAAAACACAUUAAUGGCACAGAAGUGCUACAAAAAGGACGACAAACAAGUACGAGUCGGACCCUUGCUGACAGAGGAAAAUCACAUGCGCACUAGAAUUUUGUGUGGCGGCGAUAUUUUGAUGUUGACAGUCCAAAAUCCUGUUGUGAGGUAUUGUUUUCGUCGCCAAAAAACCUAUUGCGGAGAAUUUUCCAUUUCGUUUCCAUACCGUGAUGUAACGCUCACGCUCUGACCGCUGAGCUAAUCGCAAUGGUGGGAAGAGAGUAAAAACUGCAUAUUAUAAACACGCUAAGUGCUACACUGCUGCUACGCGCCAUCGUGCAUGCUAUUGUUUACGCUGCGCUGGCCGUUUGUUACCGAAAAAAUGGCAACGCUAAAGAAUACCCUUUCUGAACUUGUUGAAUAUGUGAGACCCGUGCUUGAACUGUACUCGUAAAGUGAGUUGAAAAAGGGUAGCAAAACCAAAGGCAAAUAAGACCCGUACCGCGGACUCUUAAAACCGACCUAUCACACAAGAACUUGUGAGCAAGUGAUACAGAAGCAAAGAAUACAAUUGAGUUCAAAAAAUCCCAUUUUCGCCUAGACAAAUAAAACUUGUUGUUCAUUCCAUACUGUCUAAAUACAAGCAAUUGAUUUUACUUUGAAAUCUUGAUGUUGAUACUUGAUUAAAAGCGAAGCGAAGUAAAAACCGCAGCCAUAAAAUGGAAAGGAAAGACGCUACUAGGAGGAGCAAGGAUGCGCUUGAUUCUAUUAUAGUUCUCUGGAGUAAAACAGAAAAGAAACUUAAUCAGAAUCAUUACACCAAAAACACAAAUACUAUUAAUUCCAAAACAAAUCGCCACCAUACACGUAAACACAUCAACAAGCGCAGAGAGAUCGCAUCGCGCACACAAAGAGAAUUUCCUCACGCGUACAAAAGCAUGUGCAAAACGAAAGUAAAACAGGACACACAGAAAGGACAACACAAAGUAGCGAUGUAAAGUAAUAAGACAACACAUUCCGAACAAGAAAAAAAAACAGCAUAACGAAACAUAUACAAAAAAAUCGUGAAAGUGAAUAGCGCCGAAGACGACGAAAAAACAAAACAAAACAACAAAAAAAAACAUGUAAAUUGUUGCAUUUAAUCAUAAGUCCAUUUUGAAGUUAUUGCGAAGUUAAAUGAAAGUAAAAACAAAAAAAAACAGAAACAAAA